AUGACGAUUUUCGGCACUGGGCACGACACUUUUGUCCAGCACGGAUGCCCAGUCAGCGACUGCGAAAUCGUCAACAGUCCGCAUCAGUAUCCGGGCCGGCCACUCGACUCCUACGACGCCAUCAUCUUCAAUUUCAACGACGAAUUUUGGUUGACUAAACGGCCAAUUUUCAAUCGCCAACCUCACCAGCGGUUCAUCUUCUUCACACAGGAACCGCCGCCGUCCAUUAAGCAAAUGAACAUCUCCGGAUACCGAAACUACUUCAACUGGACCAUGACCUACCGGAUGGACUCGGACAUUCGUUUCCUGUACGGGCGGAUCAGCUCCAAAUCGUCGGCACCCAAAACGAUGGAAGAAACGGAGGCCAGAAUGAGAGAAUCCACUCGCCAGUUGAUGUUGAACAAACGAAAAAUUACCAGAAGGAAGAAGAAAGAGAAGAAAUUGGUGGCCGCCAUGAUUUCCCACUGCAAAACGGACGGCCAGCGGGAACAGUACAUCAAACAAUUGAGGAAACACGUCAAAGUCGACGUCUUCGGAUGGUGCAAUCACGGCGAACGGCACAAAAUGCUUCACUGCGACACGGACGAGCUUUUAUCGUCGACUCCCGAGUGUUACAACAUGCUGGACUCCAAUUACAAAUUUUACUUGUCCUUUGAGAACGCCAUUUGUCCUGAUUAUGUGACGGAAAAAUUCUUUCAGAUCAUGAGCCUGCGGGAUAUUGUGCCCGUCGUCUACGGAGGUGUCGACUACGCCCAAUUGGCACCGGAGCAUUCGUACAUCGAUGCCCGGCAGUUUGAACCGCAGCAAUUGGCCGCCUAUCUGAAGAAAUUGGCCGCCAACGAGACGCUGUACAACGAGUAUCUGUGGUGGAAGGACGACUACAUCGUCGAGGCCGGCAUGGAGCAAAUGGUCAGUCGCGGAUUCUGCGAUCUCUGCCGGAAACUGCACGAAGCUAAUCAGGAGCCGAAAAUGUACAGGUCGUUGGCUUCACGUUGGAAUCCUGCCCGUUGCCAGCGUCCCAAACAUGGUGGUACGAAGACCAAUAAUAAGCAACAAAAACUGACGAGAAAUUUGAGCGCAGUGUCGGCAUUCAGUGCAAUGGAUCUGUUAUCGCACCGCAAUAGAACGAACCAAUACAGCGAAGACUAG